UUUUGUUUUGUCCAAUUAAAAAGCGGUACAUUAUCGGGAAAUAAUGGUUGUUUUGUUUGGGUGGAAAAGAAGAGAGAGAGAGAGAGAGUCGAAAACGGCACUCCCUCAUCGGAAGGGAGACGAACACAGCCAGCAUAUCUCACUACACUGCAUGCAUAUGGGAGCAGUGGUUGUCUUGGACCCUUUAAAAAGCCCCCACUAAUUGCUACUGCAGAUGUUCCGCCAAAAGGACUGAGGAAACAAGGUAAGGCAGCAAAGAAACCUAGCACAUCAGAGGAUUUCUGGAUCACCAGCACGCAUGAUAUGGACAACAGUGCUGUUCAGUCACAGGGAAGCAUCUCAUCAGCCAGUAUAACAAACCAAGCUGCAGAUCCUCAUGGAGGUUCAUGCAACCCCACUGAGUUUGUGAAUCAUGGUCUUAUUCUUUGGAAUCAGACACGGCAAGCUUGGAUAGGAAAUAAAAGGUCUAAGAACCAAACUGAACAGUUGCGAGAACCCAAAUUGAGUUGGAAUGCAACAUAUGAAAGUUUACUAGGGAGCAACAAGCCAUUCCCUCAGCACAUUUCACUUGCGGAAAUGGUAGAGUUUCUUGUGGACAUCUGGGAACAAGAGGGUCUGUAUGACUAACCAACCUAUAGAAGACUGAAGGAGUGUCAAUUGGUUUGAUCAACAGGAUAAUUAUAGUUCUUUCUUCUGAAGGUAGAGGAAAAUUGGGCAUACUGCAGUUUGUAACUUUGUAUAUCUGUUGUAACGUUAUCUUUCAGUUGAGAAUGACGAGGAAUUUUUAUUAUGAUUUCUCCACAGGCCUGGACAUAGUUGUAUUAUUAUUCUCCUUUGCAUAUUAAUAUUGAAACCUGGAAAUAUUCCCGUCUCUUGGGUUGAAUUUUAUUUGAA